UUAUUCCGUGCGGUUCCUCGCGUCUGUUAAGCUAUACGUGCGAUUUAAUUCAAGAGAAGUGAGUUUUUGUUGUUUGUUGUUGGGCCCUCGCCCCCUCCCCCCUCAGAGAGGUGUAAAGUGAAAAGAGAUUUUCAUCAUUAAAAUCGGAAUAAAAUGCCUCCAGACGGGUUUGAACCCUCGGUGUGUGGCUAGGGAUGAGACGGGGCCGACCGGCAGGAUCCAGAAAAACUAGAUGUAAAAAUUCAGAUUUACAUGUUAUCGGCCCUAGCCGUCGCGUGACCGUCGCCAGCACGCUGCCCGUCACCCUGGAGGACCCCGCCGUGCCCUGGAAGGGGCCGCCGCCCGGUCCGGAGCCCCAGGGGUUCGCGGGGGGCGCGGGCGCCUUCGGCUCGGGCCCGCCGUCCGGUUUCCAGGGGCCCCCGCAGCCGUUUCAGGCGGGCCCGCCGGCCGGGGCCGGUAGUCCGGCGGCGGCGAGCGCGCCCCCGUAUCAGGGGGGCGGCGGCCCGCCCCCGGGCGCCUCCACGCCCCAGUACACCGCCUCGCCCGCCCCCUCGGGCAGCUCCACUCCCGGACCGCCGGGACAACCUCAGAAUGCCGGUGGUUUCCCGCCGCCCCCGAACAGCGGCGGGCCCCCCUACAACGGCCCCGGUCCCGGCGGCCCUUUCGGCUCCCCCUCCGGCGGCCCCCCGCCCUUCGGGCGUCCCGGCUCCUCGGGCCCGCCCUUCGUCGGUCCGGGCGGCAACCCCCACUUUCACAACUUCGGACCGGGUCCGGGCACCUUCGGGAUGCCGCCCGGCUCCCCCUUCGGCCCCGGACCCGGUCACCCGAUGUCCGGAGGCCCCAUGGAACCCGGACACGGGAUGAUGGGACGCGCCAUGGGCGGACCCAUACCCGUCGAACAAGGAUCCCUACCGGUUCCAAGGAGGCACACGCCCUACUUCGGUCAACCCGACUACCGAAUAUACGAGCUGAACAAGCGACUGCAACAAAGGACGGAGGUAAGGAGUGACAGCGACAACCUGUGGUGGGACGCGUUCGCGACCGAGUUCUUCGAGGACGACGCCUCCCUGACUUUGGCCUUUUGUCUAGAGGACGGCCCCAAGCGAUACACCAUCGGCAGGACCCUGAUACCGCGAUACUUCAGGAGCAUAUUCGAGGGCGGGGUGACCGAACUGUAUUAUAACAUGAAGCACCCGAAAGAGUCCUUCCACAACACUAGUAUUACGCUGGACUGUGAUCAGUGCACUAUGGUCACGCACCACGGUAAACCGUUGUUUACUAAGGUGUGUACCGAAGGCCGACUAAUCUUAGAGUUCACCUUCGACGACCUGAUGAGGAUAAAGUCGUGGCAUUUCGCGGUGAGGACCCAUCGGGAAUUGAUCCCGCGCACGGUGGUGGGGAUGCACGCGCAACAGGAUCCCGGCAUGCUGGAUCAGUUGAGUAAAAACAUCACCAGGCAGGGAAUUACGAAUUCUACACUUAAUUAUUUAAGGCUAUGUGUGAUAUUAGAGCCGAUGCAGGAGCUGAUGUCGCGGAACAAGGCGUACGCCCUCAGCCCCCGCGAUUGCCUGAAAACCACCCUGUUCCAAAAGUGGCAACGGAUCAUCGCCCCGCCUGGUACGAGAGGUCGUACAGAGUCGCAACGGCAGCCCAGCAAAAGGCGGAAACGGAAAGGGUCGAACUCGGGGGGGGCGGCCAACAAUGCCGCCCCCGCCCCCAACAAGAAACGAUCGCCCGGACCGAAUUUCUCGUUGGCGUCGCAGGACGUGAUGGUGGUGGGAGAACCGUCGCUGAUGGGGGGCGAGUUCGGGGACGAGGACGAGCGACUCAUCACGCGAUUGGAGAACACGCAGUACGACGCCGCCAACUCGAUGGACCACGUCGAUAACCACGGGGGUGGUGGAGGGGGCGGAGGCGGCGGGUUCCACGGGGCCGACUCGCCCAUGGCCGGUUCGAACUCGUGGGGCGCAGGCGGUGGAGGCCCGGGCCCGGGGGACCGAGGCGGGCCGGGGGGCGCGCCGCCCGGCAGCUCGACGCCCCAGGGGGGAGGCGGGGGCGGCGACUCCGCCCAGGACAAAAAGUCGCCGGCGGUGAGCCAGUGAUGACAAAGAACGGGGGGCGGCGCACCCAAACCUACGGACUUCAUCAACAAAAUCACCUCUUCACCGCGGCGGGACGAUGACGUCAGCAGGGGGGGCGGCGGCAACAAUAAUAGACGCACCCCCGCCGCCCCUCUGGAUCCCGCCGCCCCCGCUCCUCAGGAUAUCGCAGGAGGGGGCGGCGGCGAUGGAGUGACGGGACUGUCUCGGGCUUAUCUGCAGUGGAUCCAGUUGCACCAGCAGCUCCAACAGGAGUUGGCGCGGUUCUACUUCGGUUACGGGAUGACUGGAGGUGGAGGGGGGGCGGCGGAGCAGCCGCCCACCGCGGCCGCCCCCCCCGCCCAAGGACCGCAGGAUUUAAGUAAAAAGUCGAAACGUUGAAAGGGUAGAGUCAUAGGGUUAGUUGGUGCCGGAAAAAUGGGGUUUAAAGGCGUCGAAUGGUUUGAAAUUUGAGUGAGGUAGGUCUGAUUUUUUCUUAAAUUAAUUUAAUCUAGAGUCGUGGGGUUUGGAGGAGAGAUGCCCUGCGGUACCGUCUCAAUUUGGUACCAAAGGAUUUUCCGAAAUUUUCAUGCAAAGUGGGGAAAAUUUGGGAUUGGGGUCUUUGUCUACGGAAUUUGGACUAAACGAACAGCAAAAAUUAGUGUUUUUCCUAAACUAGUUGAAGUAGACUCAUGAAAUUUCAUAAGAAACUUCUCUGUAGUACUGUCCGGGGCUGUACAAAAGGAUUUUGCAAAAUUCCCACUUUAACUGGGAAAAAACUGGGAUAAGGGUCUUCGUCUACGGAGUCUAGACUGAACGAGCAGGAAAAAUUAGUGUUUCUCUUAAACUAGUUGAAGUAGAGUCAUGAAAUUUCAUGAGAAGCUUCUCUGUAGAACUGUCCAGGGCUGUACAAAAGGAUUUUGCAAAAUUCCCACUUUAACUGGGAAAAAACUGGGAUAAGGGUCUUCGUCUACGGAGUCUAGACUGAACGAGCAGGAAAAAUUAGUGUUUCUCUUAAACUAGUUGAAGUAGAGUCAUGAAAUUUCAUGAGAAGCUUCUCUGUAGAACUGUCCAGGGCUGUACAAAAGGAUUUUGCAAAAUUCCCAUUUUAACUGGGAAAAAACUGGGAUAAGGGUCUUCGUCUACGGAGUCUAGACUGAACGAACAGCAAAAAUUAGUGUUUUUCCUAAACUAGUUGAAGUAGAGUCAUGAAAUUUCACGAGAAGCUUCUCUGUAGAAUUGUCCAGGGCUGUACUAAAGGAUUUUGCAAAAUUCCCACUUUAACUGGGAAAAAACUGGGAUAAGGGUCUUCGUCUACGGAGUCUAGACUGAACGAGCAGGAAAAUUAGUGUUUCUCUUAAACUAGUUGAAGUAGAGUCAUGAAAUUUCAUGAGAAGCUUCUCUGUAGAACUGUCCAGGGCUGUACUAAAGCAUUUUGAAAAAUUCCCACUUUAACUGGGAAAAAACUGGGAUAAGGGUCUUCGCCUACGGAGUCUAGACUGAACGAGCAGGAAAAUUAGUGUUUCUCUUAAACUAGUUGAAGUAGAGUCAUGAAAUUUCAUGAGAAGCUUCUCUGUAGAACUGUCCAGAGCUGUACUAAAAGAUUUUUCAAAAUUCCCACUUUAACUGGAAAAAAACUGGGAUAAGGGUCUUCGCCUACGGAGUCUAGACUGAACGAGCAGGAAAAUUAGUGUUUCUCUUAAACUAGUUGAAGUAGAGUCAUGAAAUUUCAUGAGAAGCUUCUCUGUAGAACUGUCCAGGGCUGUACUAAAAGAUUUUGCAAAAUUCCCACUUUAACUGGAAAAAAACUGGGAUAAGGGUCUUCGCCUACGGAGUCUAGACUGAACGACCUGGAAUAAUUAGUGUUUCUCCUAAACUAGUUGAAGUAGAGUCAUGAAAUUUCAUGAGAAGCUUCUCUGUAGAACUGUCCAGGGCUGUACUAAAGGAUUUUCAAAAAUUCCCACUUUAACUGGGAAAAAACUGGGAUAAGGGUCUUCGUCUACGGAGUCUAGACUCAACAACCUGGAAUAAUUCGUGUUUUUCCUAAAGUAGUUGAAGUAGAGUCAUGAAAUUUCAUGAGAAGCUUCUCUGUAGAACUGUCCAGGGCUGUACAAAAGGAUUUUUCAAAAUUCCCACUUUAACUGGGAAAAAACUGGGAUAAGGGUCUUCGCCUACGGAGUCUAGACUCAACAACCUGGAAAAAUUAGUGUUUUUCCUAAACUAGUUGAAGUAGACUCAUGAAAUUUCAUGAGAAGCUUCUCUGUAGAACUGUCCAGGGCUGUACUAAAAGAUUUUGCAAAAUUCCCACUUUAACUGGGAAAAAACUGGGAUAAGGGUCUUCGUCUACGGAGUCUAGACUGAACGACCUGGAAUAAUUAAUAUAUUUCUUAAACUAAUUAACCUGAUGUCAUGGUAUUUACAAUAUAAUUAGUCCACAAGAACUGCGAUCUUAGUGCUUGUCCCGAAGGUCAUCUGAAGGUCAACUUGCUUAAUCUCCGGUCAAGCGUGCAUUUACCGCUUGUUUUUCGGGAAUUUUGCGUAUAACUUUUUACCUGUACAUUUUUCAAAAAAGUUUUAUUAGACUUUUUUGAAGGAUUUUUAAUGAUUUAUCGAUUUGCCAAAAAAAAAAAUUUUUCAAAAAAAAAAAAUUUUUCCGAAAAAUUUUUCAAAAAUCCCCAAUAACUCCUUUACGUUCCGAUUUACGACCAAACACCAUUCUACAUAAUUUGUUCUAUUUUUAAUGAAGAACCCAGCGCCGAAAGAACAUUUUCCAUAUUCCCAAUAGUUUUCGAGAAAACGCGGAAAAACUAUUUGAAAGUAAUGAAUUGACCUUCAAAACGAGAGCCAAGUUGACCUUUACACGACCUUGAAGACACAAGUCAAGACAAUGUUCUCUUUCUCUCACGUUGAGUAAUGACAGUUUAGUCUGUCAUCAGCGUGCGGCAACACCGAUAUCCGCACGCCUACAUCACUCGAUUAAUUUCAAACCAUUACACGCAAUUUUUUAUAAAUCAUCUUUAAGGUGCAUUUUUUUGGCACUUACGCAACAUGUUUCCUGCUCCUUUUGACGCAAACAUGUUCCGCUAUGAUCCGAGUGAGAGGAGACUACGAAAUGAGACAAUUGUUUAGUCGUAAAAAAUAAGGACAGAGAGUGACGUUUAGUGUUGUUCCAUGGUGAAUUCGCCGUAGCAGUGAAACUAACUCGAGAAGAGUGUUAUGAGAGACGCAAUUGUUUUGUGUGUAAAUGGCAUUUUUUUUUGUUUAUUUUAUUAUUUUUUAUUAAUUAAUUUAUUGCGGUGCAGUCUGGUGGGUUUUGGUGAUGAGGCGAGGUAUUGAUACAGUCAAAGGCUUCACAAAAAUCCCAAUAUCUUUGAAACUACUGUAAGGAUUUUAUUGAUUUUAGUUUCAUAUGAAAGCCAAUGAGUUUCUUUAUCAAAAAGGUCCUUACAAGUUUCCUCGUAUCUACAGCACUUUUGGAGUUAUUCAACUGUUUUUCGGUACAUUAAAAAAAAUCUUGAUUCAGUCAAAGGCCUUACAAAAAUCCUAAUAUCUUUGAAACUACUGUAAGGAUUUUAUUGAUUUUAGUUUCAUAUGAAAGCCAAUGAGUUUCUUUAUCAAAAAGGUCCUUACAAGUUUCCUUGUAUCUACAGCCCUUUUGGAGUUAUUCAACUGUUUUUCGGUACAUUAAAAAAAAUCUUGAUACAGUCAAAGGCUUCACAAAAAUCCCAAUAUCUUUGAAACUACUGGAAGGAUUUUAUUGAUUUUAGUUUCAUAUGAAAGCCAAUGAGUUUCUUUAUCAAAAAGGUCCUUACAAGUUUCCUUGUAUCUACAGCCCUUUUGGAGUUAUUCAACUGUUUUUCGGUACAUUAAAAAAAAUCUUGAUACAGUCAAAGGCUUCACAAAAAUCCCAAUAUCUUUGAAACUACUGGAAGGAUUUUAUUGAUUUUAGUUUCAUAUGAAAGCCAAUGAGUUUCUUUAUCAAAAAGGUCCUUACAAGUUUCCUUGUAUCUACAGCCCUUUUGGAGUUAUUCAACUGUUUUUCGGUACAUUAAAAAAAAUCUUGAUACAGUCAAAGGCUUCACAAAAAUCCCAAUAUCUUUGAAACUACUGGAAGGAUUUUAUUGAUUUUAGUUUCAUAUGAAAGCCAAUGAGUUUCUUUAUCAAAAAGGUCCUUACAAGUUUCCUUGUAUCUACAGCCCUUUUGGAGUUAUUCAACUGUUUUUCGGUACAUUAAAAAAAAUCUUGAUACAGUCAAAGGCUUUACAAAAAUCCCAAUAUCUUUGAAACUACUGGAAGGAUUUUAUUGAUUUUAGUUUCAUAUGAAAGCCAAUGAGUUUCUUUAUCAAAAAGGUCCUUACAAGUUUCCUUGUAUCUACAGCCCUUUUGGAGUUAUUCAACUGUUUUUCGGUACAUUAAAAAAAAUCUUGAUACAGUCAAAGGCUUCACAAAAAUCCCAAUAUCUUUGAAACUACUGGAAGGAUUUUAUUGAUUUUAGUUUCAUAUGAAAGCCAAUGAGUUUCUUUAUCAAAAAGGUCCUUACAAGUUUCCUUGUAUCUACAGCCCUUUUGGAGUUAUUCAACUGUUUUUCGGUACAUUAAAAAAAAUCUUGAUACAGUCAAAGGCUUCACAAAAAUCCCAAUAUCUUUGAAACUACUGGAAGGAUUUUAUUGAUUUUAGUUUCAUAUGAAAGCCAAUGAGUUUCUUUAUCAAAAAGGUCCUUACGAGUUUCCUCGUAUCUACAGCCCUUUUGGAGUUAUUCAACUGUUUUUCGGUACAUUAAAAAAAAUCUUGAUAUAGUCAAAGGCUUCACAAAAAUCCCAAUAUCUUUGAAACUACUGGAAGGAUUUUAUUGAUUUUAGUUUCAUAUGAAAGCCAAUGAGUUUCUUUAUCAAAAAGGUCCUUACAAGUUUCCUUGUAUCUACAGCCCUUUUGGAGUUAUUCAACUGUUUUUCGGUACAUUAAAAAAAAUCUUGAUACAGUCAAAGGCUUCACAAAAAUCCCAAUAUCUUUGAAACUACUGGAAGGAUUUUAUUGAUUUUAGUUUCAUAUGAAAGCCAAUGAGUUUCUUUAUCAAAAAGGUCCUUACGAGUUUCCUCGUAUCUACAGCCCUUUUGGAGUUAUUCAACUGUUUUUCGGUACAUUAAAAAAAAUCUUGAUAUAGUCAAAGGCUUCACAUAAAUCCCAAUAUCUUUGAAACUACUGUAAGGAUUUUAUUGAUUUUAGUUUCAUAUGAAAGCCAAUGAGUUUCUUUAUCAAAAAGGUCCUUACAAGUUUCCUUGAAUCUACAGCCCUUUUGGAGUUAUUCAACUGUUUUUCGGUACAUUAAAAAAAUCUUGAUACAGUCAAAGGCUUCACAAAAAUCCCAAUAUCUUUGAAACUACUGGAAGGAUUUUAUUGAUUUUAGUUUCAUAUGAAAGCCAAUGAGUUUCUUUACCAAAAAGGUCCUUACAAGUUUCCUUGUAUCUACAGCCCUUUUGGAGUUAUUCAACUGUUUUUCGGUACAUUAAUUGGAUACAGUCAACUAUAUGUAAAAAACGCCUUGUGGAACCCACCAGACCCGAUUUCAGUGUGCAAUUUUACCAUGUAAAAUUCCCAUGGUGGAGGAACCACCGGGUCUUAUAAGGUACCUACCACCUUCUACGUUAAAUAUACAAAUUACAGUGUUGCAGCAGUAAAAAGGUAAAAAGGCGGCUCACAUUUUGUACAGUUAGAUUUUAAGCGAAAAAAUCACACCUUUAAUAAUAAUAAUAAUAAUAAUGAUAAACGGGUUUUUUUUGGGGGUGGGGGAUUCAUUGCUGCGUUCCUAUAUUUAAUUUCUACGUUUCGGUCAAGAUUCCCCUUCCGCCCCCCUCCCCCAAAAAAAACCCGAGGAGGGCGCCCCCCUUCCCCCCCACCACCUCUCGAAACCACGCCCCAUUUUAGGAUCAAUUUUGUAACAUAGUGAAAAUAAUUUGAAUUGUAUUAAUAAGGAUAUCAUCCCCACCCCUCCCCACCCCCUUUCCCUGUCAUUGUAACUUAUUAAGUUUUUUUGUCAAGUCGCCUAUGAUGUAUGCACCUACGAAGGGUCAAUUGGAAAAACUUGCCGCCCUUGAUUGUUUUGAAAAAAAAAAAAAAAAAAAAAAAAUCGAAUGGCGUUAGAUCCGGUGAACUGGCCGGCCCUCCGAAGGAUCCAUUCCUUUCCUAUUUUUUAACUGCGAGCAAAAGGGUUACACUUAAGGGUGGAAAGUUUUUAAAUUGACACCCAAUAUAUAUAUAUAUAUAUAUAUAUACGGGGUGUCCCAAAAGUGUGGACACACCCAAAAAUCUUGGGGAAUAUGGACGCUAGAAAAAAUCAUUAAAUACAAAAGUUUUGGGGAAUCAAUCGGUUAAACUUGACCUUGAGCUUGACCUUCAAGGUUAUUUGAAGGUCAAAGCGAUUUUUUUAAAUGGCAACCCCUAUUUUUGACACCGGAUUAAAGUAAUACGGAUUUCCGUUUGAAGAGACGAAGUCGACCUUCGAAUGACCUUGAAAAUGAGGUUCAAGGUCAAAUCCAAAGAUUUUUGGGUGUGUCCAUACUUUUGGGUGUACAUUUUCUUCCCAAAACAAAAAGAGAGAGAGAGAGAGAAAAUAGGGAACUGCGUGUAAGUGUAAAUUGUUACUAUAGAUGUAAUGCAAUGAAUUAAUGCAAUAUUCCUCUCUCUCUCUCUCUCUCUGUCUGUUUAUUCAUUUGUUUUAAUCCGGAUUGAUGAAAAACCAUGCGAUGAUUUCAAGAUUUUACAAUAGAGAACACUUACGAUUA